AUGGCCAGCAACAGCAGCUUUGAUGCUAGAGAUAUGAGCUGGGUGAGCUGUCUUCCCGAGCAGUGGGAGGAUAUUCGUGCAUUUCGGCGGCGCAGCUCGGAGGGCAAGUCGCUUGCACGGGGUAUUAUACAGCCGGGACAUGGUGUGAAGGAGGUCGUGGUUCCUUCGCUAGAUUGUGCCAAGCUGAACUCACAGCUUCUAUCAACUACGCUGAAAGAGAUGGCCGACCGCUGUUGCAUAUUCGUCCCCCCAGUGUAUCUUCUACAAGGUGCAUGCAUCGAAUUCCACUCUAACUGUGGGUUUCCGGAUGCUGCGGCCCUUGGAGUUGCCGGAAAUUCGGAUGGCUGGGCUAUCAAACGACUACUCAAUGUCGUCAAGCGCAAGUGGAAUCGCCCUGAGACCCCUCGAGACGCAACCAUUCGUCGUCUGACAGAUGAGUUCCAGCGAGCUUAUGUCAAUCUGGAGUCUGCCGUGGGCCCUCGUAUUGCAAAGCUUCUUCGGGAGAGAUCCGCGGAGAGCGACGACCCGAGCGACGUGGCGGAUCUCGUGCAGCAGGCACUUCCCCCGGCCGUCGACGAGGGUGCGGUGGUGGCUGGGGAUGGAGAAUCCUUGGGUGCAGAAUCGGGCGGUGAGGACCACACUGUCCGGUAUGAAGCCUCUAGCGAGGAGGAAAACCCUGUGGAUGAAGCCCCCAGCGAUGAGGAGUUCAACCCUGUUGUGGAUGGAGCCCCUGGCGAUGAGCAGGCCAACCCUGUUGUGGAUCAAGCCGCCAGUGAUGAGGAGUUCAACCCUGCGGUGGAUGAAGCCUCCCCCAAGCCUGUUGUGGACGAAGCCACUACCGAUCGGGAGUUCGACACUGUUGUGGCCGAAGCCCCUAGCGAUGAGCAGGUCAAGCUUGAUGAUCUUGCCCGGCAGCUACGUCUGGCGGAGUUGAAGCUAGAGGCCCUGAUGGCCCUGGAGCGAAAGUGCAAUGUAGGGCAGCUGCAGCUGGAUGGUGAAGGACCUAUCAGUGUUUCUGAUGACGAGGCAUCUGCUGUCCCAGAUCUCCCGGCACCCACGACUACCCCUACACGUCUCGAUGCAGUGGAAACCCAGGCUUAUGUGGUGGACACGCAAAUGGUGCAGGAGGUCCUUGCAGGGCUUGAUCAGGAAGUGCCAUCGCCAGGCCAGCCAUUGGCUUCGGCGAGACUUCCGAGCACAAAAGUGCUGCCAGGAUACGAUGACUCGCCCGAGCCCAAAGCAACGACCGCAAGGGUGGAGCCGAGCAAGGAAGCUGUGAUGACACCCAGCCCGAAGAACCUGCCCGAGCCCAAAGCAACGGAUGCCAGCGUGGAGGAAGCUGUGGUGACACCCAGCCCCAA